CUAACGGAGCCCGGGCCAGCGUCAGAACAGCCGAGAACUUGGAAUGAUUACGAGUCUGUUGUUAUAGAGAGACCGAGAGGCAGAGGGAGAGAGAGCGGCUCUUUGGAAGCAUGUCCGGACUGUAGCGCAUGAGCUGCGGGUGGAGGAGUGACUGUGCUGGGCUGUUCUGACAGACAGGGGUGGAGAGGUGGAGAAGUGGAGCUGCUCCUCUCUAUAAAGAGUCUGGCCGGAGCUGUCAGAACCACGCCUAUAGGGGCCCACAAUUGGUCCAGAAAGCGUAAAAUCAGCAAUCAAAGGGGCUUGGUUCAUUAGUGUUGGGGAUGGAGGCAGGAAGGACAUGUGAGAUAGUCACAGAUCUGCAGUGAACGGGGCCACAUCUCUCCAGUCAGUGUGGGAUGACUGAAGCACAGCUCGUUUCUCUAAGAGGCACAGCUCCAAGCCGCGCUCUCCGCGCACAGCGCCGCUCACACUGAGGGACUCGGCGGAGGAACCAAAGGGAAGAAACGCGCUGACAACAACUCCGGGCUGUUUUGUCUCCACUCCGGUUACGCGUUGUGACAAAGCGGCCGUGCUCCUCUGUGCGGCUUCACACACAUUAACUGCUCGCCAAGCGCGGACCUACACCGGCUCCAGGUCGGGGGAAAUACCACUAAAAUAUCCAUUAUUUCACUUGUUUUUUGUGGAUGCACCGAUGAGAGAUCCAGUUUUCACAGGGACUGCAAUGGCAUAUCACCCUUUCCACGCACACCGGCCGACCGACUUCCCCAUGUCCGCCUUCCUCGCGGCCGCGCAGCCUUCCUUCUUCCCGGCGCUCAGCCUGCCUCCCGGGGCGCUCACCAAGCCCAUCUCGGACCACGGCCUGGCCGGGGCGGCGGAGGCUGCGCUCCACCCGGCCCUCAGCCACCAUCAGGCGGCUCAUCUCCGCAGCAUGAAGAGCCUGGAGCCCGAGGAGGAGGUGGACGACGACCCCAAAGUUACACUGGAAGCCAAGGAUCUUUGGGACCAGUUUCAUAAACUCGGGACGGAGAUGGUUAUUACCAAGUCCGGAAGGAGGAUGUUCCCCCCGUUCAAAGUGCGAAUAAACGGCCUCGAUAAAAAAGCCAAAUACAUCCUGCUGAUGGACAUCGUGGCGGCGGACGACUGCCGCUACAAGUUCCACAACUCCCGCUGGAUGGUGGCGGGCAAGGCCGACCCGGAGAUGCCCAAGAGGAUGUACAUCCACCCGGACAGCCCGGCCACCGGCGAGCAGUGGAUGGCCAAGCCUGUUGCUUUCCAUAAACUCAAACUGACCAACAACAUCUCAGACAAACACGGAUUUACCAUCCUGAACUCCAUGCACAAGUACCAGCCCAGGUUCCACAUCGUGCGGGCCAACGACAUCCUGAAGCUCCCGUACAGCACCUUCCGGACCUACGUGUUCCCGGAGACCGAGUUCGUGGCGGUGACCGCGUAUCAGAACGACAAG